AUGGCAAUCAUGGAAAAGAUAUUGUUGACGCUGUUAUUGUUGUCAUCAGUUUUAUCAAUAGCCUCAGCAAGAAGAAGAUCUUCUUCGAGCUGCAACAUAGACUGGUGGUGCAACCAAACACCACACCCUGAGCCAUGCAAAUACAACAUGAGACAGAGCCACAACCGUUACACAUUCAAACACAAGUCCGAAUUCCGUACAAUUCUGGUUGAGUUGGCCUUAGAUAGAGCGAUUAUCAUGCACAAGGAAGCACACGAUCUCAAGCAAAACCCGGGGAACAAGAAGCAGAAAUCCGUAUUGGAUGAUUGUUUGAAGCUCUAUGAUAACACCAUCUUCCAGCUAAAUCGUACCUUUCAAGGCCUUCAUGUGAAGAGAAGCUUUUCACUAUUUGAUGCACAAACAUGGCUUAGCACUUCUCUUACAAACAUCGAAACCUGUCGAAACGGGGCAUUAGACUUAAGCGUUCCAGAUUGCAUCGCGUCCCCUGCGAGAACCAAUGUGACAGCCAUUAUAAGCAAUAGCUUAUCCGUGAAUUGGGCUUUCGUGAAACACGAAGCAGUUCCUUAUACUACAGAAGAUACGGAAUAUGGUUAUCCAAGUUGGUUUUCCACGAAUGAGAGGAAGCUGUUGCAGUCUUCUUCAAUAAAGGCCAAUCUCGUGGUAGCCAAAGAUGGUUCAGGGCAUUUCAAGACAAUCCAAGCUGCUAUUAAUGCAGCGGCAAGGAGAAGAUUCAAGACGAGGUUUGUUAUACAUGUAAAGAGAGGAGUUUACAGAGAGAAUAUUGAGGUUGACAUGACCAACGACAACAUCAUGUUGGUUGGUGAUAGCAUGAGAACCACCAUAAUAACAAGUGGCAGAAGCGUUCAAGGUGGCUUUACAACCUUUAGCUCUGCAACAGCAGGAAUUGAUGGUCUUCACUUCAUAGCACGUGACAUUACCUUUCGAAACACCGCGGGUCCUGCGAAGGGUCAAGCGGUGGCACUUCGAUCAGCAUCUGAUCUUUCUGUGUUCUACCGGUGUUCCAUCGAAGGUUACCAAGACACGCUCAUGGUUCACGCACAGCGACAAUUUUACCGAGGAUGCUACAUUUAUGGAACCGUUGACUUCAUAUUUGGGAAUGCUGCAGUUGUUUUUCAAAACUGUGUGAUUCUUGUGAGAAGGCCUGUAAAUGGUCAAGGAAACAUGAUCACUGCUCAAGGUCGAGAUGAUCCAUUUCAAAACACAGGAAUUUCAAUUCACAAUUCUCAGAUAAAGGCUGCUCCAGAUCUCAAGCCAGUUGUUUCGAACUUCAACACUUUCCUGGGCCGGCCUUGGCAAAAAUAUUCAAGAGUGGUUAUCAUGAAAUCGUUCAUGGAUAGCUUGGUGAACCCAACGGGUUGGUCCCCAUGGGAUGGUACUACUUUUGCUCAGAGUACUCUCUAUUAUGGAGAGUACAAGAAUUUUGGGCCUGGUUCAUCCACUAGAAACAGGGUUCGAUGGCCUGGUUUUCAUGUUAUAACCAGCCCAACUGAUGCGUCACUCUUCACCGUUGCUAACCUCCUUGCUGGCCGCACAUGGUUGCCUUCCACUGGUGUCCCAUUCACUUCUGGCCUUUAA